CGCUUUGAAGACAACAAUCCACAUUUUCCUUCCAUACGUCUUUCGCAUCUACUCAAUUGCCGACUGUCCGACACUUUUCCACCCCCUACCGUCGCUUCGUUCCAAUCUCCUGGUCCCAGCCUUCACUGCGCCGCUCGACCCCGUCCACAGGACCAAAGGACAGGAGACCCGCAAUACCACCAGGACCUACUCUAGAGCACCCCGCGUGCAUGGUCCACUGAUAGACUACAUCAACAAUGGCGACUUUCCUCGACAAUGCAUACAGCUUGGUCCACCAAGACAACACGGCCGACCAGCCGUCGUUGCAGGACCUCAAGAACCAACUGGAAAAGGGCACCGACGAGUCCAAGCAAGAGACGAUGAAGCGCAUCCUGACAAUCAUGCUCAACGGCGAUCCUAUGCCUCAACUGCUCAUGCACAUCAUCCGCUUCGUCAUGCCAUCCAAGAGCAAAGCGCUGAAGAAGUUGUUGUACAUGUACUACGAGGUCUGUCCCAAGCAUGAUGCUGGCGGCAAGUUGAAGCAGGAGAUGAUUCUGGUUUGUAACGGUAUUCGUAUGGACUUGCAGCACGCCAACGAGUACAUCCGCGGCAACACACUCCGUUUCCUCUGCAAGCUUCGCGACGCCGAGCUCAUCGAGCCCCUUCUUGCGCCCGCACGUCAAUGUCUCGAACACCGCCACUCAUACGUCCGCAAGAACGCCGUCUUUGCGAUUGCUUCCAUUCACCAACACAACGAGGCUCUUAUGCCCGACGCUCCCGAGCUUCUGCAGGCCUUCCUCGAGUCCGAGAGCGAUGCCACGUGCAAGAGAAACGCCUUUGCCGCCCUGAUCUCAAUCAGCCACGACCAGGCCCUCGAGUACUUGAGUUCUGUAUUUGAGGGUAUCCCCAACGCGGAUGAACUGCUUCAACUCGUCGAGCUGGAAUUCAUCCGCAAAGAUGCUGUCACCAACUCCCAGAACAAGGCGCGCUACCUCCGUCUGAUCUUCGACCUCCUCGAAGCCAAAGAAUCUACCGUCGUAUACGAGGCCGCAUCUUCACUCACAGCACUUACCAGCAACCCUGUCGCAGUCAAGGCAGCUGCUGCCAAGUUCAUUGAACUGAGCAUCAAGGAGUCGGACAACAACGUCAAAUUGAUCGUCCUCGAGAAGGUCAACCAAUUGCGCCGCGUCAAUGAAGGCAUCCUCGACGAUCUGACCAUGGAGAUUCUACGCGUGCUUUCUAGUCCCGAUCUUGACGUCCGUAGAAAGGCUCUCAGCAUCGCCAUGGACAUGGUCUCAAGCAAGAAUGUCGAGGAGGUCGUUCUUCUCUUGAAGAAGGAACUCUCCAAGACUGUUGACGAACAAUACGAGAAGAACAACGAAUAUCGCUCUCUGCUCAUCCACUCAAUCCACCAAUGUGCUAUCAAGUUCUCCGAGGUCGCUGCCAGCGUCGUUGGCCUAUUGAUGGACUUCAUCGCUGACUUCAACAACGCCUCCGCCGUCGAUGUGAUUCAAUUCGUCAAGGAGGUUGUUGAGAAGUUCCCCAAGCUCAGAGGAACCAUCGUCGGACGCCUCGUCUCAACCCUUAGUGAAGUCCGUGCUGGCAAGGUCUACCGUGGAUCGCUCUGGAUCAUUGGUGAAUACUCCCUGGAGGCCAACGACAUCCGUGAAGCCUGGAAACACAUUCGCGCCAGCUUGGGUGAAAUUCCCAUUCUCGCUUCUGAGCAGCGUCUUCUCGAGGAGCAACCCGAUGGCGAACCCAACUUGGAUGAUCAAGUCAACGGUAACGCGAAGGCUGCCCCGACUGGCUCACGAAAGGUUCUCGCCGAUGGCACAUACGCUACCGAGAGCGCUCUAACCAGCCAAUCUGCGGUCAAGGCCAAAUUGGAAGCCGUCAAAGCUGCACAGAAGCCUCCAUUGAGACAACUCAUCCUCGACGGCGACUACUACCUGGCCACUGUUCUUGCCUCUACGCUGACCAAGCUUGUCAUGCGCCACAGCGAGAUCUCGGACGACGAGGCUAGAACCAAUGCUCUUCGCGCCGAGGCCAUGCUCAUCAUGAUCUCGAUCAUCCGUGCUGGUCAAUCACAAUUCGUCAAGCACCCCAUUGACGAGGACUCGAUCGACCGUAUCAUGUCGUGUGUUAGAUCGCUGGCAGAAUUUGCUCAGAAGCGCGAGCUCGAGAACGCUUUCCUUGAUGACACCAGAAAAGCUUUCAGGGACAUGGUCAACGUUGAAGAGAAGAAACGCGCCGAAAAGGAUGCCCUUAGCAAAGCCAAGAACGCCAUCCAAGUUGAUGAUGUCGUGUCUAUUCGUCAGCUCACAAAGAAAAACGCCGUUGAUGGUGCAGAUGAGAUUCAGCUUGACUUGGAGAAGGCAACAGGUGGUGAUUCUGCCACGGAAGACCUCAGCUCUAAGCUUAGCCGUGUGGUACAGCUCACUGGUUUCUCCGACCCUGUGUACGCUGAGGCAUAUGUUCAAGUUCACCAAUUCGACAUUAUCCUCGACGUCUUGCUGGUUAACCAGACCCAGGAUACUCUGCAAAACCUCUCGGUCGAAUUUGCCACUCUUGGUGACCUCAAGGUUGUUGAGAGACCCACGACCCAGAACUUGUCACCAUUGGAUUUCCUGAAUGUCCAGGCUACCAUCAAAGUUUCUUCUACAGACACCGGCGUUAUCUUCGGCAACGUUGUCUACGAAGGCGCUUCGUCAACGGACCAGAACGUGGUCAUUUUGAACGACGUUCACGUUGAUAUUAUGGACUACAUUCAACCAGCUCACUGCACAGAAACACAAUUCAGAACCAUGUGGACAGAGUUUGAAUGGGAGAACAAGGUCAACAUUAACACUAAGAUGCCAGGCGGCAAGGGCUUGCGUGACUUCCUCAAGGGAUUGAUGAAGGUCACCAACAUGAGCUGCCUAACACCCGACGCAAGUCUUAGCGGAGAUUGUCAGUUCUUGAGUGCCAACCUGUACGCCAGAAGUGUAUUCGGUGAGGAUGCUCUGGCCAACUUGAGUGUCGAGCAAGAGGGUGACAAUGUCACUGGCUUCGUGCGGAUAAGAAGCAGGUCGCAGGGACUGGCUCUCAGUCUCGGCUCGCUCAAAGGAUUAAGCAAGAUUGGCGACUAUGUUUGAGACGAUUCAACGAUGAAAGAUAGACCCUGAAUAAGUUGCUUAUGGCAGCCAAGGAUAGAGACCUUGGAUGGACUUUAGCGCGAGGUAAUGCUUGCGAUUCAUCGACCGUGACUGGGUCUGGGUGGGGUCAUUACUGGCAGGCUACGGCGUAACAGAAAAGUAGAGCGGUAGCAUGAAAGGAUAC